GCUAACAGUUGAAGAAAAGCUCUUUCUCCUUCCCCUGCGAUCUAUUACUAUUACAUCUUAACAGUAAUUACACUCUUAAAUCUCAAUCCUUUGGGAUUUGAGCUUUCUCCUCUUCUACCUUUUUUUAACUUUUCCUUUUAAUUUUCCUGUGAAAUUCCAUUUUCUUGCAACCAUGAUUUCUUCAAGCAAAAUCAAAUCCGUGGAUUUUUACAGGAAAAUUCCAAGAGAUUUAACUGAGGCAUCAUUAUCUGGAGCAGGUUUAUCUAUAGCAGCAGCUCUCUGCAUGGUGUUUUUAUUUGGAAUGGAACUUAAUAGUUAUAUGUCUGUCAGCACCUCUACAUCUGUGAUUGUUGACAAGAGUUCUGAUGGGGACUAUUUACGUAUGGAUUUCAAUAUCAGUUUUCCUGCCCUCUCUUGUGAGUUUGCAUCAGUUGAUGUGAGUGACGUGUUGGGAACAAACAGGCUGAAUCUAACAAAAACAAUUCACAAAUUUUCUAUUGAUUCAAAUUUAACACCCACUGGUGCUGAAUUCCAAUCGGGAACAUCUACUGACCACAUUAAGCACGGUAAUGAAGCACAUGAAGAGUCCAUUGAAGGUUGUGUUGUACUCACAACACAAAACUUUGAUAAAUAUGCUCAUCAGUUUGCUAUUACAGUUGUUAACUUUUAUGCUCCUUGGUGUUACUGGAGUCAACGCUUGAGACCUUCAUGGGAGAAGGCAGCUAAAAUAAUUAAGGAAAGAUAUGAUCCAGAAACUGAUGGUCGUAUUGUUAUGGGAAAGGUAGAUUGCACUGCAGAAGGAGACUUAUGCCGAAGGCAUCAUAUACAAGGUUAUCCUUCAAUUCGUAUCUUUCGUAAAGGAAGUGAUGUUAGAAGUGAUCAUGGACACCAUGAACACGAGUCCUAUUAUGGAGAUCGUGACACAGAAAGCCUAAUCAAGACAAUGGAGCAUUUAGUGGCAUAUCUCCCUUCUGAAUCUCAGAAGUUAGCUUUCGAGGAGAAAUCCAGUGUUGCCAGGAAUAUAAAAAGGCCAGCACCAUCAGCAGGGGGAUGUAGAAUCGAAGGAUAUGUGCGUGUCAAGAAGGUUCCCGGAAACUUGAUCGUCUCAGCUAGAUCUGAUGCUCAUUCCUUUGAUGCUUCUCAAAUGAAUAUGUCACAUGUCAUAAACCAUUUGUCGUUUGGAAGGAAAGUGUCACCUAGGGUCAUGAGUGAUGUGAAGCGGUUGAUACCUUAUGUUGGAAGCAGCCAUGACAGACUGAAUGGUCGCUCAUUUAUCAAUGCACAAGAUUUAGGAGCAAAUGUUACUAUGGAGCAUUACCUUCAGAUAGUUAAAACAGAGGUGAUAACAAGAAAAGAUUAUAAAUUAAUUGAGGAGUAUGAGUACACAGCACAUAGCAGUGUGGCACAGAGUUUACACAUUCCUGUUGCUAAGUUCCAUCUUGAGCUCUCCCCCAUGCAGGUUUUAAUAACGGAAAACCAAAAGUCCUUUUCUCACUUUAUUACAAAUGUGUGUGCUAUUAUUGGGGGCAUUUUCACGGUUGCUGGAAUUAUGGACUCCAUUUUGCACAACACUAUUAGGCUAAUGAAAAAAGUUGAGCUUGGCAAAAACUUUUGAUAGAUAGUUGACAAUUUAUUAUAGCAUAGGGCUUUUGAUUUCUCUUGAUCCGCUUUACCGAGGUCUUUUGGCAGAUUGUUAUCUAUAGAUACACCAUAAAGCAUAAAAAUGUAGUUUUUUUAGUUUUUAAUUUGGUAAAAUGAUCAUUACAUUGACUGUGAACACCAUAAAUGCAUCUUGUAUUUCCCUCCACUAAAUUUUUAUACUUGGUUAUGGUUGAUAAAAAAAUGUUGCUUUGAUGUAUGAUGAAUAAUAAUGUUGAAUGCAAAAUUGGGACUGAACUGAUUAAAUGGUGACAAAAAUGAAAAAUAUUUAUGAAUAUUGAAUUCCCUGCUACAUUCGUUGCAUUUCAGUUACUAUUAGAUGACGUGAUUGCAAUAUCGAGAAGACUAAUAGGGACUAAAAGGUUAA